UGCCUGCGCGCCUCCUAGCACCACUUUUCACUCCUAAGAAAGAUGAAAGGUGGCUGUGUCUCCCAGUGGAAGGCGGCCGCCGGGCUUCUCUUCUGUGUCAUGGUUUUUGCAUCUGCCGAGAGACCGGUCUUCACGAAUCAUUUUCUUGUGGAGUUGCAUAAAGGAGGAGAGGAAGAAGCUCGCCAAGUUGCUGCAGAACACGGCUUUGGAGUCCGAAAGCUCCCCUUCACUGAAGGCCUGUACCACUUUUACCACAAUGGCCUUGCAAAGGCCAAGAGAAGACGCAGCCUACAUCACAAGCAGCAGCUGGAGAGAGACCCCAGGGUAAAGAUGGCCUUGCAGCAAGAAGGAUUUGACAGAAAGAAGCGGGGGUAUAGAGACAUCAAUGAGAUUGACAUCAACAUGAAUGAUCCUCUUUUUACAAAGCAGUGGUAUCUGAUCAACACAGGGCAAGCUGAUGGCACUCCUGGUCUUGAUUUGAAUGUGGCAGAAGCUUGGGAGCUGGGAUACACAGGGAAAGGUGUUACCAUUGGAAUUAUGGAUGAUGGGAUUGACUACCUCCACCCGGACCUGGCCUCGAACUACAAUGCGGAAGCGAGCUAUGACUUCAGCGGCAAUGACCCCUAUCCCUACCCUCGAUACACAGAUGACUGGUUCAACAGCCACGGAACCCGAUGUGCAGGGGAGGUUUCUGCCGCAGCCAACAACAAUAUCUGUGGGGUUGGAGUGGCAUACAACUCCAAGGUUGCAGGUAUCCGGAUGCUAGACCAGCCAUUCAUGACGGACAUCAUCGAGGCCUCUUCCAUCAGCCACAUGCCUCAGCUGAUCGACAUCUACAGUGCCAGCUGGGGCCCGACAGACAACGGGAAGACAGUGGAUGGACCCCGGGAGCUCACGCUUCAGGCCAUGGCUGAUGGCGUCAACAAG